AUGUCUAAAUUAGAAACUGUUUACUUAUACGCCGGUGAAGAACAACCACGUGUUAAGUUGACCUGCAUUAAGGAAGGUCUCACUCUACCUCAAGUUAUCAAGUUUAUCCAUUCUAUUCAAGAGUUGUACGGGAUUGAAUUGAAGACUUCAGAAACCAUAACAGAGAAUUUGAGAAUAGAUUGUGCGCCGGCGUAUUUGAAGCCGGGCUGUAAUCCUCAUUUCUACAUCCUUGAGUAUGAAGAAAUAAAUGACACUUUUUUUAUUUGGAAAUCAGACGGUCGCUGGCAAUUGAACAAGAUGUCCAUCCUAUUGUACAGUGAUAACGAUUCUAACCUGGUCAAAAACACUUCCUGGAAAGGGGUUUUUCAUAAUGAUCAAAGGUUCAAAAACUAUGAAAAGCGGGGUUGGUUACAACUUUGUCUAGAAAAAAUGAGCGAGGACCUAUCGAAGCUAAACGUUGAACAAUUUUGGUCUCAAUACGAUAAAAUAUGUCAUAACAUCUCUAAGCAAAAAAAAAAAAAUGAACAGUUCAAUAUGGAGGUUUUCGACAAUUUCAAAAACGUUGUCUCUAUUGCUGUCAUAAAGACUAAAGUCUCAUCAAAUAAACGACUUUUGACAGCAACUGUAAGAAAAUACCAUGACUCAAUGAAAAAGAAAAAUAACGUCCAAGAACAAAAUUUCAAGGAAAAUAGUUUGGAAUCAUGUUCAAACAAUGGCCAUUCUGCAUCUCUGGAAAGCGAAUCAAGACAUUUCUCUCCAAUGAACUCACUGUCGCCUUCUUUAAUUACCGAUGACGAAGCAGCUUCGACAGACUACAUCUACAGAGACCUUGCAUCUAAGCCUAACGCGAGUUUCAUGCAUUCAAGCGCAACAAAUGAUCUUAUCAAGGCAAAUUUCGAGAGCUAUUUCAAAAUGAUGGCCGAAGACUAUGAAACUUUUGACUUGAAAGCCUGGUCGAGACAAAGGCCUCGUAAGUUUCAGCUUGUAGAAAAAAAGAAAGUUACCAAGAAUUCUACAAACAAUCAUCGUCCGCAUAAUAACGGCAAAAUAUCUUUUUAA